CGUUGCCGCGUUCCCACACAUUUUGCUCCUAAUUAACGUCCUGCCGGACAGCUGAGCUGUUUCAAACAGGAAGCUGUUUAUAGAUAACGCUUGCAAACGGUUGGGCCUGAUUUGUUGAAUGUCGAAGAGCAGGAGUCGAGCCCGCUUCAAAUUAAAACCUAUCGGGCUUUUGUAAAUAGUAGCAAUGAGGUCCAUCUGUGGUGCAGCGCCCUUUCAGUCAGCAGCUCAGCCUCGGCGCCUCUCCGCUCAGCAAAUCUAAGGAGUAAGGGACAAGCUCAUUAUGAAGAGUGAUCUGGUUUUCUUUGUCUCUGUAAUUAGCCUUGCCUUCCUGUCUCUGCCAAGAUCUGGAUAUGCUCAGCAUAUUGCAGAAGAAUCCUGCUCUGUUCAGAUUCUGGUUCCAGGCCUCAAAGGGGAAAAUGGAGAAAAGGGGGAAAAAGGUGCUCCAGGCCGCCCUGGACGAGUUGGACCUCCAGGGGAAAAAGGAGAAAUGGGAGACAAAGGGCAGAAAGGUAGCAUGGGACGACAUGGAAAAAUUGGUCCCAUAGGCUCAAAAGGACAAAAAGGAGAUAAUGGAGAUAUAGGUCCACCUGGUCCUAAUGGAGAGCCAGGCAUUCCUUGUGAAUGUGGCCAGCUACGAACAGCCAUUGGUAAAAUGGAUAAUCAAGUGAGCCUGCUGACAACAGAGCUGAAGUUCAUUAAAAAAGCACUGCCCUCCCCCGCAGCUGUUGCUGGUGUGCGUGAGACAGAUAAUAAGACAUACCUGCUGGUGAAGGAGCAGAAGCGGUAUGUGGACGCCCAGCUCUACUGCCAAGGAAGAGGAGGGACCCUGAGCAUGCCCAAGGAUGAAGCCACCAAUAAUCUCAUUGCUUCUUACAUCAGUCAAGCUGGCCUCAGCCGAGUUUUCAUCGGCAUUAAUGACCUUGAGAAGGAAGGCAGCUUUGUGUACUCAGACCGAUCCCCUAUGCAGACCUUCAACAAGUGGAGCACCGGUGAACCAAAUAACGCUUAUGACGAGGAGGACUGUGUAGAAAUGAUAACCUCUGGGGGCUGGAAUGAUGUGGCUUGUCACAUUACAAUGAAUUUUGUAUGCGAAUUUGACAAAGAAAAUGUUUAAUAAAGUUUCCCCCUGCCGUGCUCUCUAUCUGAUUUUUUUUGUGGGGGGGUGAAUAACUUGGGCAGUCCAACUAUCACUGUAACCAGGACUCCAUUUCUGAAUUGGGAUUAUAUGGAAGUUGGUCUUUUGUUUAUAAGAUCCAAACGUUCCAGCAAUCUUCUUCAUAUCAGUGUGUAAAACUGUCCCAGGAUGUCCUCAUCCUUGCUUUGAUUCCCAAAUUUUUCAAACAACCCCAACAUCACCACACAAACACACACACACAAUGAAAAACCUUUGUAACAUUUUUCUUUCUUUGAUGCAAGUUUUAAGUAUGGUCCUUUCCCUCCAUACUUGUGAGUAUAUGGGGGGGACAGGUAAGAUAAAAAGAAUGUAGGAAAUAAACCCUAAAUAUUAGAUAAGCCUAUCUAUAGUUACCCACUGUGUGGAGGGGAGGUAAUAUUUCUCAUGUGUGUUUACUUCAGUCAUAUUUGGCAUGAAGGUUUGCUUUUGUUACUAAUAAAAUGCCAUUUUUGAUGUUUUGAUCUCAGAAAAACUAAUUUUUUCAUGAUGAAUUAGAAGUAUCUCCUCUUCUGUCAUUUUAUCUGCAGGUGACAUGAGCCCACAAUAUGUUCAGUACUUCUGCCUCAAAAAAUAGUGUGUGUGUGUGUGCAUGCAUGGGGGGAAUUGCAUUGUUUGGGUGUCCAUGCAAUUAGUGAAAGUGUGAAACAUCUCUUAGGUGAAGAUAUGUGGCUGCUGGAUGGAGACUAGGUAAGCCCAUUCCUGUACAAUUCAGAAGGGAGUGUCUGUAACAAUACAGUAAACUAUUUUCCACAGCAAUGCAACUCAGCAAAUCCACUCAUUUUUGAAAUGAAGACUUUCAUUUAUUUCUGUAGGGCUUUGCAAAAGAGCUUCCCGGCUGAUUGUGGCUGCCAUGAAUAGGCCAGGAUCUAGAUAGAAGUUGGCACACAGGAACAUGAAAUACUUUUAAGAGCACUGAGAAGUUGUUGAACAAUGGCCAGUAAAAUAUAAACACCAGGAAAAGCAACAAAAUAUGUUGGCUUGUUAACUGACCCUAACCCUAAUUACUCCUAAAGGUGAUGGAUUAUAAUAUGCUUAAAAGUAUAUGACAUUAGUAUUGUACAGCUGUAAAUAUAAUCUCGGUAUUUCAAAUAUCAGUGUUUACCCUUUAGAAGGGAAGAGCAGAAUUGACACAAUUUGCAUUCCUGUAAUAAAUAUGGCCCACAUCUAGGCAGUACUUAGGUAUAUCUAACCUAUUUGAAAUCACUGGGUCUUAAACUUAAUGCUGUGGAGAAACCUAUCGACCAGUGUUUGUCAACCUUAGCAACUUUAAGAUGUGUGGACUUCAA